GUCACAUCCGCUCCAUGAGCUUAUGACGAUCGGCGUGAUUCAUCGAGUAGUAGAAAAGAACUCCGAUCUCGUCGUUUGUGCGUGCGUGUGAUCGGCAACGAAGGGGAUCUUUGGUGGUUUGGAAGCGGUGUGUGUUGUGCGCGCGUAACCGUAGAAGGGGAUUUUCUUCUUUUUUACAUUGCAUGCGUGCGCGUCUCGCCGUAGUGUCUCCGGCCGCCCCUGCCCUGGCACGGCACGGAUCGUCGAGUGAUCAAACAUGGAUGACUCGAGGUCGGACGCUCUGACCGACGAUUUCGUCGCACGGAAUUUGCGACAGUGCAGCUGACCAUCGUCGUCACACUGCGCCGAGACGACCCUUCGGCUCCACACGUUCGUCAAAGUGUAAUUCCUAAGCCUAAUUUUACGCUCUUCUCUCUACGUUUUCGGCCGGAGGCUAGGACGUAGGACCGAGUCCUGUCGGAAGUUCGAACUGCUGCGUGACUCCCGGCACGAAAAAACAAAAAAACAAAACGUGAUUUCGCGAGAAUACAUAUAAUUUUUUUUAAACAGCCGUUAAUUGAUAUUGACCUUGGUGAAUUCGAUCUUGCUGGAAACGCUUUGAACGCGCUUAUUUGACUGCUUCGGUGAUCGUCGAAGAUCGGAGAGCUUGGUGGGUACGGCGAACGGUCGACAAAGCUCCAAGUGUGCGCCAAAAGUGUCCAGAUCAUCGCUAAAGAUCCAAGUUCGUGCUCCCUUUAGAUAACAGUGGCUUUGUGGUUCGAUCUUCAAUCAACGACAUCAUGAAGCGACUAGGGAAGAAGGCGCUAGGGAAGAUCAUCAUGCCGGAGCCGGACCAGAACACACAUCAGAGAGUCACUCCUCCCCGCAACCUGGACUCGCGGGCAAAGCUGGUGGUGGAGGGCCGAGAGAUCGACGUGUCCACCGAAGACCUGGAGGUGAUCCAGCUGCUGGGCAGGGGAGCCUACGGCAUCGUGGAGAAGAUGCGGCACGUGCCAACUGGCACCAUAAUGGCCGUAAAGCGCAUCACCUUCACGGAGUGCACCCAGGAGCAGAAGCGCCUGCUCAUGGACCUGGACGUGUCGAUGCGCACGAGCGACUACCCCAACACGGUGCAGUUCUACGGGGCGCUGUUCCGGGAAGGGGACGUCUGGAUCUGCAUGGAGGUCAUGGACACGUCUUUGGACAAGUUCUACCAGAAGGUCUUUGCCCAGGGCAAGACCAUCCCCGAGAGCAUCCUGGGCAAGAUUGCCUACUCGGUGGUGAGUGCCCUUCACUACCUCCAGAGCAAGCUGCACGUGAUCCACCGCGACGUGAAGCCAUCCAACAUCCUCAUCAAUCGGCAGGGAGACGUCAAGAUGUGCGACUUUGGCAUAUCGGGCUAUCUGGUCGAAUCCAUAGCCAAGACCAUGAACGCCGGCUGCAAGCCCUACAUGGCGCCGGAGCGAAUCAACCCGGAACGUUCUCACCUCGGCUACGACGUCAAGUCCGACGUCUGGAGCCUGGGCAUCACGAUGAUUGAGCUGUCCAUAGGGAAGUUCCCCUACCCGAGCUUCCGGAAUCCCUUUGAGCAGCUGAAACACGUCAUUGAAGACGAUCCUCCGAGGUUGCCAGCCGGCCAGUUCUCUCCGGAGUACGAAGACUUCAUCAGUGCCUGCUUGCAGAAGCAGUCCACGAAACGGCCCAACUACCCAGAACUCCUCAAGAUGCCCUUCUUGGAGCGGCAGUCCGGAAACUCCACAGAGAUUUCCGAGUUCAUCUCAGAGAUCUUGGACGCCGGGAGCGCCGCCGCCAAGGGGAACGCUCCGUCGGACUAAGCCCCGACCUCCGGCAGUCCAGGGUCGUCUGCUACCUGCAAUCCGUCUUGGCUCGACCUGGCCGCCACCAGGUUUUGCCGCUACGCAAGCCUAUCCGAGAAGCCGGAUGGCUGCGCACUUCGGACAGCUGCCCGGCUUCAACAUGGACUCGAAACCGAGUUUCACGGAAGUCACAGUGACUCGUGCGGAAGUGCGUGAACGCCAACAUUGAUGCGGGACCGACGCGAAGAGGUUGUCGUCGACUUGUUUGUGGUGUGUGACCCUCCAGUUUGAGACGGUCGUAAAGUUCUAACGUGGGACGUCGGCAGGCUUCCGGCUCGUCGGACUCGCGUAACGCAAUAACGCGAGGCUCGGGUGUGCUCAAAACUCGGCCGACGACGUGCGUCAGCGCGUCGACGGAGUUGAGUGAUGGACCGUGACGGCGCUUCGUAGCUUUUCCCGUUGGAGCGGUGCGACACAACGAAGUCUCAACUCAUGGCAUCCAAACUUGCACGGCUCAACAUCGUCCAGUUUGGGCUCAAGUCUAGCAACAAACUUAGAUGCGUUUUGCUUCUUUUUUUUUUUUAACUCAAGUUGCAGAGUUUGUUUCAGCAGCUCCCAGAAUCAAAAGCGCCGGCAUCAGAAACGAAAUCGCACAAAUUGUAGCCAUGUCUCUAAUUAAAUUAGCGCUUUCCUUCUUUUUUUUUUGCAACAGGAUUUUAAAGAGGAGCGUGCGAAAGCUGUUCUCAUUGGAAGCAACCGAGUACCCUAACUCGUUCCCAGACAGCGAGCUGCGAAUCGGUUUCCACAUCUUGUCUAGGAACUCUCUAAACAGGAAAGUGCAGGCCAUAAGCCACCCAAAUAUUCAAUAAAUCUUUCACGUUUCGACACGGGUUAAAAAAUGUCGUUCACGCAAGUUCUUUAUAGUAGCGCCUUUUCUCGGGUACAUGCCACAAACGCCAAAGGCUCACAAAAAAAAAAAAAAAAAUAAUGAGAACUUGUUUGGUAAUUUUAUGUUGAUUGGAGCUGUGAUACGACUUUAUCCAGUAAGUUUGGGUGAAUUCGUUUAUAUUUUGUAGCAAUUGAAACUGAGGGAGAUGGGGGGGGUGCGGGUGCUGUGCGAGUGCACACGGGGAUGCCGGAUCGCCAAGCUCGGGUGUUGGAUUGAUUAGUGUGUAGGCACAAAGCUAGCCGUUUUAGUCUACACUCGCCGUUCGAAAGUAAAUGCCGCCAUUCGAACGUGUUUGAAUGCUCUCCCUUCUCCCUCAGGUUCUACCCGUAUGGGUGGGGUUCCGUGUUUUGGGAAAUCAUUUUGUCCUCUGCAAACGACGUUGUUGUUUUUUUGUUUUUUUUUAAUUUUUGGUUUUGGACAAGAGGUGUCGCUUAUCGGUGCUUGUGUUGACGGAAACUGGACGAUUGUCAGAAAGACAAUCAGUCUUGCUGACAGUUCGGCCUGCAAGGUCGAGUGGGGCCGUAUUCUUGAUCAACGAAAGAUAAGGCUGUAGUUAAAGAUUUUUUUCUGUGAAGCUAGGGGACUUUUUUUUUUAUAAAGGAAAGUUCCAAUUUGUUUUUGUUUUUCGUGUUUUUUUUCUCUUGGUUUUUUAUUUUGAUUAAAAAAUGUCCUGGAGAUUACUUUCUGGGGUUUGUAGAUGUAUGAAACGUUUUUUAAGUUUGUCCAGAGUUUUUACAGAAAUGAAACUUGUGUAAGGGCUCUUCUAGCCCUGAGGUGACAAAGUGGUUUAAUUAGUUAGCUCAGUGGUUCUCAAUCAUUUAUGUUUUGCCGACCCCUUGUGGAUCGGCGGAGAUGAUGGAAGACCCUGUUCGUGAGGAGAGGAGAGGAAAUGUAUAGGUUAAAUAUAAUAAUGAUUUAAUAAAUGAAUAUAACUAAGGGCUAAUGUGAAGUAGACCUCUCGUAUGGCGAAUUCGGGUGGUCAAUCGCCGGCGGAACCGAGCCGGCAGAACCGGCAACCAGAAACGCGCCGGCGGCAAACCAUGUGACCCUCGGCACCCGAACACGAAACGCCAGACAGUGGCACUUUACUUCGCCUCUCACCCGCGCAACACCGCGAGCAAGUGGCUGUCGUCACCCCACAGCGACUUGGAUUGACUCGAGUAGUGGCUGCUAAGUGACUUCACAUCAGUUUCGUUCUUUCAUUCAAUUUUUCUCACUGACCUCCUCUCCCAUUUCGGUAGUGACGACACCGGGCACAGUCUGGCACCUGUUCGGGCGGAAAAAAACAGCCAGAAAGUUUACGGUGCUUGAUAGAGAACCACCACCCGAAUGGUGCGCGCCGGCCGGAAACUCACUACGCGAACGUUUUCCGGCAAAAUAAGUUGCAGACGACUGACCACCGGAAUUCGCCAUUAUUGACAUACGAGAAAAAUCGCCCAAAAACUGACGCAUUUCUUCUCGACCGGAAAAAUGACAAUAUUUAUUCGUGAGCUAGACUGAUGAGGCAGAACUUCGCAGGCCUCUAAAAUGCCUUCGCAGACCCCUAUUUGAGAACCACUGAGUUAGCUAAUUAACUAAAAACUUGCUAAUUAACCCAUUUCGCCUUUUUUUUUUAGUGGCCACCACGGUCACCAUCUUGGCCCCAAUGCUAAAAAAAACCACGACGCAAGUGAUCCUUUUCUUUUUAUAAAUAAUCUGGACAUACAAAAUACACCCCAUUUAUAAAAAAAAAUCCGGACAGACCGAAAACACGGAACCCUACUUAUGAGCCCGCACUUUCCUUCGACCACUCUAAGAAAAGAUUUCUGUGAUGAAGUCUUGUUUUAGUGUUCCUUCAAAAUCGCUUCACCAUACUUGCCUUUACCCUAUACUCUGCAGCUUUUGAAGUGCCUGUAAAUGGAAGCUCCUAUGCAUUUUCUUUUUUUUUUUAUUGUUGUUACCAUGUCUUGGCUUAGGACGUACAAAUGAUCAUCUCCCGUCGAUAUGCUCCUUCGCCACAAUAAAACUGUUGAACAACAAGGACGUGGUGCCCCUCGA